UCUGUCAUGCCACUGUGAAACUGUAAACGGACACUGGAAGAAGAUUUGUGAAGCAAGCAGUCCUACUUUAGCCCCACUGCAAAGAAUAGAAAGUUAGAAGCAUUAAGUUUGAUGAAACACCUGCAAAGUUCGCUAGGUGUUCAAGCAGCGGGAUACUAAUUUGUAUUACAUGGAUGUUGACCAGCUCGCCUCCAUGACAGAAAAGAAAAAUGGCCUCUGAUGUCAAAUAACCAAUGGACCCCAUCAGCCAGGACUAUGAUGAUGGCUAUUACUACUUCAAUGACUCGUACAUGAAUAUGAGUAACACCACAUACGAUUACGAACAGUUUGGCUGGUGUGAUGCAGGUGAACAGGAGCUCACUAUCAAAAUUUUCCAGACUUGUGUGUUCUGCCUGAUCUUCCUGCUGGGCGUGGUGGGAAACUGCUUGGUGAUUGCCACCUUUGUUCUCUACCGCUGCCUCCGGCUUCGCUCCAUGACCGACGUCUUUCUGUUCCACCUGGCGCUGGCUGACCUUCUCCUCCUCCUCACGCUCCCAUUACAAGCCGUCGACACUCACCUGGGUUGGAUCCUCACCGUUCCCCUCUGCAAGGCCACGCGUGCAUGCUACGCCAUCAACACUUACAGUGGGCUUAUGCUGCUGGCCUGCAUCAGCAUUGACCGCUACAUGGUGGUGGCACGAGCCCAGCAGAUGCUCAGGCUACGCGAUCAGAUAUUAACAGGCGGGAAAGUAGCCGCUGUAGGUGUGUGGGUUGUUGCGGUGCUCCUAAGCCUGCCUGAAAUCCUCUUCUCCGGGGUGAGUGAGGGAUACUGCGGCAUGCUUAACAGCGGAAGUGUCAAAAUGGCCACCAAUGGAGCAAUCAUUGCUGUCUUCUGCCUGUCCCUCUUCAUUAUGGUGACAUGCUACUCUUGCAUUGCUCACGUGUUGUGGGGAGGGCACACAAAUCGGCGGGGGAAGCAGUGGCAUCGUCAGCGUACGUUGAAGCUGAUGGUGGCUCUGGUGCUGGUUUUUCUGGUAUUCCAGCUGCCGUACACCGUGGUGCUGUCAUGGAAAAUGGCUGGGCAGUUCUGCGGUCUCCUGUUGGAGUACAUCACCUGCACUUUGGCGUACACCCGCUGCUGCCUCAACCCUAUCUUGUACGCCCUGGUAGGCGUGCGCUUCCGCAACGACGUACUGAGGCUCCUCCGUGAUUCAAGCUGCUCUCGUGGGCUCAAGCUGGUGCCACAGAGAGCGAGCUUCAUCUCCAACUCUUCAGCUUACACUCCAACAUACUCCAGCAAUGACGCAGUGCCUGCCACCAAAUUUCAGUUUUCAGGAACCAAAUAAUAUUUUGUGGAAUGCACUAUAAAUUGCUGUCUGCUUUGCGUUGUUUGUAUCCAUGUAUCCCUACAGUAAAUAGUGUGUAUAGUUGCAGAAGCAAUGGACUGAAAAAUAACAAUGAGUUGCAAAGAUAUGCAUAUAAUCAUUGGGGCUGUCAGUCAGUUGAAUUGUUUCAGUACCAGUGUAAAUACUACAUCCGCUAUAUUUUAAAAUAAUUUUUAUGUGAUGUUUCUUUGUUAUUCACUUGUAACCCAUUUGUCCCGAGCUUAGUUGCAGUCAUGAGUUUUAAAUACACAUUGCUGUUGCCACAUUUCAUGUGUUACGCAAGAAGUCUUAAGGUUUGAUACCCAGCUCUAGUCAUAAUUUGUCACGUUGGCAUUACGGCCAAAAACGGUCACAAAGACCGUAUUUGGUCACAUUUUAUUUGUCAAUUCCAGAUUUGUUAUUUCAGCUGUCAAGUGACAAAAAAGGCAGAUGGUCAGUCACGUACUUUCGUAACGCUCACCACAACCUUAUUUGCACCCAUAAAAACAGCAGCACCUUAUUUUUAUUUCAAGGAACUGGAAUCCUAUUAAAUGCUUUCAUGAUGUUGAGGGGAAUUUUUUGCUGUCAAAUUCAAACCUUUUGAUUGCAGGUUGUGUUUCAGAUUUAGCUUUUUCAGGAAAGUGUGUCUCUGAGGAGUGUUCUCAGUCUCUGUAUAUACUGUAUAUAUUUUUGGAUAUUAUUUUUGUUUGGCCAGGGUUUGAAUCUAUUGUCUGUAAAGUCAGUGUAUAAGAGUGGCCUAUGAAUAUUUGCUAUAUUGUCGUAAUUUCUCU